AUGGCUAGGGUGGUGGAGCCUCUCAUCGUCGGAAAGGUGAUCGGGGAGGUCAUCGACAACUUCACCCCCACUGAGAAGAUGACAGUAACCUACAGCUCCAACAAGCAGGUGUUCAAUGGCCACGAAUUCUUCCCGUCGGCAGUCGUCUCCAAGCCACGCAUUGAGGUCCAGGGUGGCGACAUGAGAUCCUUCUUCACACUGGUCAUGACGGACCCAGAUGUGCCAGGGCCUAGCGACCCAUACCUGAGGGAGCAUCUCCACUGGAUCGUCAAUAAUAUUCCAGGCACCACUGAUGCUUCUUUUGGAAAGGAGGUGGUGAGCUACGAGAGCCCCAAGCCCAACAUCGGCAUUCACAGGUUCACCUUCGUGCUGUUCAAGCAGAAGCAGCGGCAGACAAUGAGCCCUCCCUCCAGCAGGGACUACUUCAACACUCGCCGCUUCGCUGCCGCGAACGAUCUUGGCCUCCCAGUCGCUGCCGUCUACUUCAACGCGCAGCGGGAGACAGCUGCGCGCCGCCGCUGA